ACUCAAGAAAAAAGCCGUCCACUCAUCUCCCUUCCCCUCAUUCUCUCAAUUCCCAUGGCUCUCUCAUCCGAAUCUAUUGUUGGCGGCCAUGUAUCUGAGAACGAAUUAAAGGACGACGAUGGUGUGGUCGAUUCAAAGGAGACUGAAAUCAUCUAUUACCAUGAAGAGGACGAUGUCAUAAUCAUUGCUGGGACUAAGAAGACGAUGUUGAUGCUAAAUCCAUAUGGCCAGAGGUAUGAGAUACUCGCAAUGGAGACUUCUCCGGGGAUCUACAAACCUUGGGAUCCGAAGACAGAUUUGAUGAAGUUCAUGCUACCCACUUCAGAUGUGAACUCUUCGGUUUCAGAGAUCAUCAAUUCCAA